AUGGAAGACCCCGUCAAGGAUGUUACAACUGACGCUAAAAAGGAUGUUGCACAACCUCCAAUGUGGAUAUCUUAUGUAGAACUGGAUGGAGUAACUCAAGACGCAUGUUUCUUUGAUGAUGAUAGUCACCAGUCAAGUCCUCCUAGUGAUGAACUUGCAGCCGCGAGUGAAUUCUCUGAGACAGAAGAAUCUUCCCCAACAAAAAUUCUAACGUCAAAGAACCACCCAAACUUUGGGUGGGGAAACCAGCAAAACCAGACCCAAGAUCAUAGGCCCCAAAACUUCAACUAUUACAACAAUUCCACUUACCAGCACUCCAAUCAAAGACCAUACCAAUCCCCUCACAACAACUCUUACCAGCCUCCAUAUCAAGGACCAAAUAGCCAUCCUCAACCUCCAAAUUCCAACAUACCGCCACCAUCUGAGGAUAGACUAUCCCGAAUUGAGGCCCUGCUUGGAAAACUUUGCAAGGAGUUUCAAGACAACAAAACAUUCAAAGAGGAAGUAAGGUCUAAUAUGAAGAAUCAGGGAGAUAUCAUCAAGAAGCUUGAAUCUCAAGUAGGAUACCUUUCUCAACAAAUUCUCAAGUAA